AGCCUGCAGAGCCUCAGCCCCGCAGACGGCGAGGAGGAGCGGGCAGAGAGAGCGACUGGUGCGGACGUUGGCCGGAUGGUUAAAUCUAACCUUCAGACGAUUUUGAAUAGCCACUGUUUUGUUAGAGAAAAAGAGAGAAACUUAUCCGAGAUGCCUGUCGUCGAGCAGUCCAGUAAUAGCACCCAGAGCGAGAGUAUCUCCAGUCCCAGGAGGUGCUCCCACUGUUGCAGUAACCCGUGUCCAGGGCCUCUGUGGUGCUCCGAUGCCCCUCUCCCACCCCUGAAGAUCCCAGGUGGGCGAGGGAAUGACCAGCGGGAUCGCAAUCUUUCAGCUAAGCUAUUCUACUCUGAUGCUCAGUUGCUGGUUCUUGAGGAGCCGCCCCCUGCCAACGGCAGAGUGCGCUUCUUGCUCUUUGAGCCCCGUCGCUCUGAAGGAAAGCACUGUGUGUGGAGGGCGGCCCUGAAAGGGGGGAACCUCUACCUUGAAAUCCCUCCUGGAGCUUUGCCCGAGGGCAGCAAAGACAGUUUCGCCCUCCUGCUGGAAUUCGCAGAAGAGCAGCUGCAGGCUGAUCACGUGUUCAUUUGCUUUCACAAGAGCCGUGACGAUAGAGCAUCCCUCCUGCGUACGUUCAGUUUCCUGGGCUUUGAGAUUGUGAGACCGGGCCAUCCCCUCGUCCCUGCCCGCCCUGACGCUUUCUUCAUGGCUUACAGUAUUGAGCGAGAUUCUUCCGACGAUGAUUAAAUUACGCUGAGCAGUCACAAAAUAUCCGUUGUACUUAUUUUGAUUCAUACCCACACAUCCUUAUAAUUUAAGGUAAUGAAUAUUAAAGCAAAUUCAGUACGGUUGAGGUUUGCUGUUCCCUUUUGUUUUUUAUACCUUAAACCCACCCAUGUGCCGUGUUUCAAUAUUUGCACUAGGGUAAGAUGUUAAUAUACCAGGAAUGUAAAGCAAGCGCCCACAUUAUAUCAGCGCGAUGUGUGCUCACCACUGCAUUACCCUUCAUGAUGUGUAGUUCUGACUUCAUAUUCACCCCCCCCCCCAAAAAAAAAUCUCCACAGUGUAAUAUUUAUGAUAAAUUUAAAUUUGUCUUACGUAAGUAAGUCUGAUGUAAGUAGAUGUCUUCUUGGUAAUUAUCGGUUGAUUCUCCAGUUUAUAUUGAUUUUUUUUUUAUUAAUGUGUGCAUGAUUUACAUUUGUUGUUUUAAUUCACUUGAUAAAAAUCUGCAUGUUGUAACUGUACUAAAUAAAAGUGCUCAUCUAGACAGUG